AGUAUAGAGCGAACAGUCGUUUCGAGCUCGAGUUUUUCCCGCUGACCGAGAGCACACAAGCUGGAGCUGAGGAAGCCCAGAAGCAGCAGUAGCAGUAGCAGCAGGAGCAGCAGGAGAAAGCAGAGAAAGCGGCGAAAGGAGCAGGGAGCCAGGAGCCAGGAGCCAGGAGCACGGAGAAAGAGCAAGGAGAAAGGAGAAAGGAGCCAGAGAGAGAGAGAGCGGAGAGUAGCCAGCCCAGCAGCCAGCGGUUCGUCCGAGGAGUGAAAUUCGAGGCGGGGCGUGCAGGGAGUGGGUGUACGAGUGCGACUACGACAACGACUGCCACAUAAAGUGGAAAUCCGAAACGCCUUGAGGAGCGGCAGCGACGUCGACGCGGGCAGCGACAGCGACCGCGACGCCGACCGAGGCAGAGGCAGUGGCAGAGGGACACGCGUCAGGCGGCCAAGCAAAAGGCAGACAAACAGGCAAAUCCUGCUGAGACGACACGACGAGUCCUUGCUCGUCGGUUCAAACGUGCGGAACACUCUUGGAGCCAGGCGAUAAAAAAGAAUAUAACAAAAAAAAAAAAAAAUAUACACACUAGUAGCAAAGCUAGUCCACUAAAACAUCACUCACCCAGAACAAGGGAAAGUUUUCACACCACAAACGAAAGCUGAAUAACAACACAAGAAAAUUAUAUACCCAAGAAACCAAAGUGCCGCGAACAAAAACUAACUAAUAAGCCUAAGGUCUAAAUCGAAAUCGAGUGGACUGGCCAGUGAAAAGAAGAACGCCAAGUUAAGUGCCCGAAAAAAUAUACAGAUAAUAUCGAAAAAUAACGAAACCAUAAACAACGGUCGUUGCAAGGCAUCCACAAAAACGCGAUAGCCAAAAAGUUUGAAAAAGAAAAAAAAAACACACACACACAAAUUUGGAAAAGUUCGAAAUUUUCGAAAAAACUUCGUUCGGUGCAGGCCAGUGUAGUGCAAUGCCAGGCUUAGGCCGGCACAGUGUUGGUCAGCGGUGUGGGGCCUGAAGACCCACAAAAGCCGUGUGUGCAAAGCAUCGAAAGUCCAGAGAGAAACAUUGAUAUCGGGACUUUCCCUCACCACCAUUCACCGCCACCAGCCCCGAAAAACCACCUGCCACCAGUCUCUAUAACUCCCGCCCCCACCCCCAAACACCAUCCCCCCGGACUAGCAAACUAACUGUAUUUUCCCCUUGGUAAACCCCCUGGUAAACCCGAAACCGCCAAGAUAAGCCGUCUAAUCGAGAAGCUGCGCCAGACCAACAAACGGAAAAUGUUCUGCUCGCUGGCCCAGACGCUCUUCUGCGUCCUGCUCAUACAGGGCGGCCUCUAUGCCCUCCAUCUGAGCGGAAACGGAAAUGGCAACGGGAACGGGAAUGGGAACGGCGAGAAGUCGCUGGGCGAAGCCAAGGCAGUGCAGGUGCCCAGUCAUCCCGUUGGACCCUCGACGGGAGUAGCCGCCGCCUGGCAGACCGCACCCUCGCAGCAGCAGCAGCACCAACAGCAUCCCGGAGGAUCUCCGCCCGGCGGUGGAUCCUCGCCGCAUGGCCAUCGGUCCGCCGCAGCGGCCGCCUUCGAUGCCACCACCGUGCGGCUGAACAAGGAGAUAGCGGAUAUGGCCCAGCUGGAGCGAGAGCGACUAAUGCUCCUGGCCCGCGCCAAGCAGACGGCGGAACAGCCGCCGGCGGGCAGUAAUCAUCGCGGUCAUCCCUUCAUUGCCGGCCGGAUACAGAUGCAGCCCAGCGAGGAGCUGGAAGUGGGCGACUAUCCGGCGCUGUUGCAGCAGGCCGCACGGGGCUACAUCUUCGGUAAUGUGCAGAAGCAACCACCGACGCCGGUUACCCUGGAACAGGAUUAUGAGCAGCUGAGGGAUCUGGAGAAUAGACCCGUUAAAUACUACGGAAGAGUGGUGCAGCCAGCGGAGAGGGAGGAGCAGGUGGAGGCUCUCUACGAACCGCUGCACUCGUUCGGCGACUUUGAUGACUUCUCGGAACUGGAGCAGGAACCGCAGGAGCCGCACUUGGGCGAGGAUGAGUUGCUGCGUGAACUGGAUGCCUAUCAAUAUCACGGCCUGGAGGACGAAACCCUUCCGGAGAAUCCCUAUCGCACGCUGGAGCAAUUGGAGCUGGGUGCACCCGACUCCCUGCAGCAGCUCUUCGAGCAGGAACAGGAGCAGCGAGAUGCCCCCUUCAAGGCGAUGCACACCGGCAAAAUCCACAACCCGGGCAACUACAACAUAAGGGUGCAGCAAAAGUGGGCGAGGAAACGAAAUGGCCAGGGCAUUGCCCAUAAUCCUGAGGCGGAAAAGCAGCUGCAGCGCCAGAUCUUCGCCCAGCACUUCAAGCCACAGCGCAAUGGCAAACUAUCGCUGUCCGCCAACUCGGAGGCCACGGCCAGCAAGCACCUGAAACCAUCCACUCGCUCCGGCUCCAAGGAUAACGAGAAGCCACAUAGCGAGCUAGGUAGCAGUGCAUCCUCGGCCGUCUCCUCCGCCACUUCUUCCUCCGGCAAACAAGCCGCCGGCGAUGGACUACCUAAACAGCAGCAGGUGGAGCAACAGUCGCAGCAGGACAAAAAGGAUCCCAGCCAUAAGCGAUCCGGUUCCGGAUCGGCGGGAUCCAUGGGAUCGCCAGGAGGCGGUUACUCAGCGCAGCCACCGAUUUCACACAGCAUAGCCAGCCAGCUGAUGCUGCGCACCGCCCGCGGUCAACGGCAAUACGAUGUGCCACAAAUCGAGUGUCCUACCGCCAUGGAUGGCAUGGAGCGAUUCGCCUGUCCGAUUCCCGACCGGCAGGGCAGAUACCGCUGCAUAGACGAUCAUGUGCUGUGCGAUGGCUUCAUCGACUGUCCCGAUGGCGAGGACGAGGACCGAAGAUCCUGCAUGUUCUACAAGACGACGAAGGCCCAUCUGGAUGUGUUAGCGGAUGCGUUACUACGCUGGGCGCGAGGGCGUUAAGCUCCACCCACCCACCAACCACACACACACAUACACACACACACACCGUCUAAUACACAGCACACACAGAGAAAAUACACCUAGCGAACUCACAUUGACAAACAAUUAGUUUUAACAUGUCGCCCCAAGCAAACAAGAACCCUGUUAAGUUAAACAUUAUCCUGGAACCAGACACACAGACAAGCCACAAACCACCCGCCUAUCCUUUGAUGUCCUUCAUGAGAAAGAUUUUCCCGAGCAAAUACCGUAAAAAAAUCCCCAGCCACACAAAAAUUCAGCUCGCAAUGGGCUAAAUGGACAAUUGCCAAGUAUGAAAAGCGAAAGCUAUGAUUAAAAACAAAGUGAGGCAGAAAAUGUGCUUGACGAAAGGUAUGAUUAUUAUUACACUAUUAUUAUUAAAAAAAAUUAACUUAAUGAAAAGCCCAAGCAGAAGAAGCAGUUAUACAUACUAAAGCUAAAUUACAAUUCAGCAAAAGGACAAAAAAAAAACGAUGUUUUUUUCAUUUUCAAACUUGUUUCGCAGGAACAGAAAACAUAAUGAGGAAAAACAAAAUUGGGCCUAACUAUUUUUAGUAUAUAUUAAAUAAAUAUAUUAUAAAUAUAUCUUACUAUAUGAAAUAUAUUUCGUGUACAUUAUUUAAUUAUACGUGUAUUAAAGUUAAAUAAUGUUAAUGUUAAAUAAACAAAUGAAAUGAAAUGAAAUCAAAACGAAGCAAGCAAAAAGAAAAAAAGCGAUAAAAAUAACGAUGAGGCAGCAAGCAGAAGACGAAUGAAUUAUAUAUACAUAUACACAGAAAAAAACCGACAUUAAAUAUAUAUUAAUAGUAUACAUAUACCAAUAACAAACAAAUAUACAAUUGAAGAAAAUAUUGCAUUAGGUUUUAUUGCUGAUAACUGAACAAGCUAACGAGUGCAAUAUAAUAUACUUAUAUACAAUGCAAUAACAGCAAGAUUAGCGACAAAAACAAACAUUUACAACUUAUGAGAAUGAAGCAAACAUUUACAUAAAGAAAAAGACUUGACUUCAUUGAAAACCCAAUUAAGUUUCUAUAGUACUCAGAUACUUUUGGUUUUGAACUUCAACUCUCGUUGUUAGUAAUACGUUUGCCAUUAUAGAUGAUUUGCUCCGAUUCUUUGUCCUUCAUGUUUGUAAAUAAUACUUUCAAUUAUCCUUUUCGUUUGCCUGUAAGGAUCUCUCCCCCUCCAUACCACAGUUUUUGAUUUCGUUCAUGAGUGACAACAGUUCUCACGGAAAUGGCAGCUAUCUGUAGUUAAGUAAAUUUAUUUACAUAAUUGAACUAUGUUUAAAUAACAAUGGACUUAUAAAUAUAUAUAUCUAUAUAUAUAUAUAUAUAUAUAAAACGAUAAGCUUAUAAGCGAAACGAAAAGCUUGUACAAAUGCUAACUAACACUAAUCCAUUCUCGACCUUUUUUCGAAGCCACAAGUGUUUAUUCCUAAUCGAUUUUUGCAUUAGUUUUUUAUUCGCGCUGUUUUUCUCGAUUGGAAAAGCUGAAACUCAACCUUAAAACUCAACCAACAAUGUUAUCUGGUCCAUGAAAAUUAUUCGCUAUUAUUAUGCCUGUUAAGUGGCGAGUUUCCAACACAAUCAAUCAAUUAUGAAAUACAAUCAAGCAAAUUUUUAAGCCGAAAUUUACAAAUUAAAAUUUUUAAACGGUUGUGUACGCAAACAAAUGACAGCGGCAAAAGCAAAAAGCGCAAGAUAAUACCAAUGGCGAAUUAACAAUAAUAAUGAAUAACCUCUAGAGCGAUUUUCACAUACUGCAUUUCCCGCGUUUUCCCCCGAAUUUCCGCAUUAAUUUCCGCAUUUCAUUCAAUUGAAAUAUUGAAACACGGCAAGCAAGCGUUUUAAUCGCGAUUGACUUUGUGGACUUAAUCAAUCGAUAAUUGGUGUCAUUUAUUUUUUUGCACGUAUGUAUUUGCAUGUUACUAAAUCGAUUCGUGUGAAUUGCUAAAUCCUAAAAAAAAUGUUUAAUUAUUUACAACGGAAUAACAUAUGAAAUUGCGAGCAAUAAAAUUUCAUAUCUUAUAUACAGUACGUAUAAAAAAUCGCAAACAAAUUAUAUAUAUAUUCUAAUUGAGCAUACGUUUACGAGUAAGUUUUUAUUUCACAUCGAACCCCAAUCUCCUGCCCUCCUAUAUCAACGAUCUUCGUUAUUAACCGAAAAGUAUAAAUAGGGGAUAACCUAGGUGUUUUCCUUUGAAAUGAUUGAUUAAUGAUUCAGUAAAACGUUUACAUAAAUAACUGCAAAAUAACCCACCUUUAAAUAUAAAUGAAAGUAAAUUAAUAAUAGCAAUUUCUAUACCAUACGGAAAUCCUAAGCGCAGUAUAACGUGUGUAUAACUCUAAGUAAAUGAUAAACUACCAGUAAAUGCUAACGAGUACGAAUAAUGUAUGUAAUGUAUGCAAUUAAUUGUAAUCCUUGAAAUUAUGCACAAAUCCAAUGAAGAUGAACGACAAGAACAAAUGCGCACUAAACAACUAAAGAAAAAAAACCAAAAUCCAGAGGACAAAACCCGAAAACAAAUCAAAGACGAACAAAAGUUUUAAUCACAUUUUUUGAACGAACGACAAUUGCGGUAAAGGUAUAGAAAUCUCUCACACACACACACACACACACACACAGAAAAAACAUAUAUUUUUGGCCUAUUUUUCUAUAAUCCUAACAAAAACAAGAACGAAAUUUUAAACGAGAAAAACGACAACUUCCAUAAGGACAAACCCAAAUGAAAGUACAUAAGUUCGACUGUAAAUAACAAAAGCGAAAGCGAAAUUUCCCCAACAAUUUCAUAUUCCAAUUGAACGAAGUACUAACGAAGAUCGUUUAACAACAAUUCAAUUAUUUUCGGUUUUAUUUCCCUCCUUUUCAGCCUAUUUAAACUUUUUGAUUUCCGAUUCUAAUUAAGCCUUUGCGUCUUGCACGCACUCACAGCAAACAGUAUUGUGUAUAAAAAGAAUUUGUAAAUAAACAUAUUACGUCUAAAUUAGUGAAACGUUUUGUAUUUCCCUGUCCUGUUUUUUUUUUUUUUUUAGAUGUUUUGUAAUUGUAGAGUAUUUAGUUUAACAAUUAUUUUUUCGAGUACCAUAAAGUAGGAGGAGUCAACUUAGCGAGCAAAUACAGAAUAUGAAGCGGAAUAAAAACAAUUGUUGAAUUGAAUGUUAAAAGAUACAUACACAUAUACACAAGCAACCAUAGGUACAUACACAGACACACAAGAACACACACACAUACACAUACAAGUAUAAACGUACACUUAAGGAUAUAUAGUCAGCCCCCAAAAACUUGUAUUUAUUUGUAUUUGUAUAUUUGCAGACGAGAGAGAAAUGAGAAAUCGUAGAAAAUCGUGAAAAAUCGUGAAAAAUCGUGAAAAACAUCAAAGAGAAAGAUGGAGCAUAUAAUUAACUAUGAGUAGCAAAUGGCGCAAGCCAUUCGCACAAAAAUAACGAAUGAAAACACGGUCUAUCCAUUCUAUUGAUUUCGUCUAGCCCAGAGUCUUAUUAAUUAAUUAAUUAGUAUUUGCUGUAAAUAAUUUUGCCUUCCUCAUUUCUAUCUCGCCGAAUCUCUGUCUCUCUGUCUCUCUGUCACUGUCUCUGUCUUUCUCACACUAAUUUCGAUUGUGUAGGAGGUCUAGUUUUAGCAUAAUUCCCCCUUUAAUUUAACAAACGUUUUCUUAACUACUUAUAAUAAUUAAUUAUAUAUUAUACGAAUAUAUGGAUAAAGCGGAAAAAAAACAAGAAAAUACACAAAAAAAACAAGGAAAAAAUGAAAACAAAUACACAACUUAAUAUACACUGAAAACGAAAACCAAACAUGCAUUUCUGAUUUUUACUUCGACUCUUUCACAAGUUUACAGAAUACUUCAACACUAUUUGUUACUACUAUUACUAUAUUUUUCUCUUCACAAAAACAACAACGACACCAGACAACACUCAGCACAAGAACAACAAGUAAGUUAACUACACACGCCGUAAAUCAAAUACCAAACUAUAACCUACUCAUGGAUCUGAAACAUAGUGCACAUAUUUACCUUUUGAGUUUGAAAUCCUGCAAACUAAGAACAUUCUUCCAAGGGCUUUUAUGUUCCCGCUGAAGAACACCUGAAGCAGCAAACUUUGAGUUAAUCCCAGGAUCCGUGGAUCCUUGCUGGUAAGUCCCGACGGGCGACCUCAGCUUCCGUAGUCCUUUGGCCACAUGGAGCUCUUCACUUGGCGGUCAGACAAACUUUUCAACAAGGUCUAGAAACUAGUUUUUAUCCUUAAAUUAUUGCGUACACGAAUACAAGUCAGCGCACAAAUGUCAACUCUAAAGAAAGUAAAUGUUUAAUGUUCGAGGAAAUAAGAUGGGAGAUUUUGAAAUGGAAAUUGACACAGCUGAUUAGCGGUCUGGAAAAUGGAAAAUUAGAAAUAUAUAUUUAAAUGAUUAAUAUCCACGUAAAAAAAAAAAAAGGUAUAAAUGUUAGUUGUGUUAGGUGUAGAUCCGCGAAAGGUAAUUAUAUAAUUUAACUGCUUUUGCUGAACACAAAAGUGUCAACCAUCGCCGUACUAUUCAACAAAUAAACUAUGUGUAUUCGAUGUAUAUCCGUGUUUAGUACGAUCUAAGAUAGCCAAGUUUGAAAAGUUUGAGCAUAGAGAAUGUGGCCAAAGACAAUUUAUCGAAGCAUUGGAGGCUGCAUGCAAAACUGAAAGACAACGAGCAUUAUUUAGCCAGAAAUAACAACAUCAGACUUGGACCUAAAGUGACCUUCAAUGGGCAUCAGGUGUUGUAGUCAUUGAUUCGGGUCAGCUUUUUAUGACCUUACCACCACAAAAAGCCGCAACUCAAUGUAGCAAACAACCAGAGCCACUGGUGCAAUUCAACGUCACUUUAAUUCCACUCACAAGUGAACAUAUUGCGCUGACCACUAAAAACCGAAAACAAAAAAAAAAUGAUAAGAAAACUUUCGAACAACAUGAUAACACUGAUAUUUGAGUAUGUUGAUAGGUCUUGCAUGCAAGUUGCUGAAAAUAAAUUGUGGGUUUGGGGCAAUUUGAUCGGAAAACAGUGAAGAGCUUCAUGGUGUUUGGAAAAUUUCAAGAAAAAAUUCUAUUGUUAAAUGGAGAUGUUCUGGGGGAUUCAGUAAUUGAGAAGGAAGAAUUGGAAUAUCAACUUAAAGAGCAGUGAUUUUUUUCACUUUUUUCCGCAAAUAUUUCAGCUAUUACGCACAGCUAACAUGUUUGCAAUUACUUUUAGCCAAGCCCACACCAUAUAAUUUCAACCUUAAUUGAACCCAUUAAGUAUUCAUGCAAUUCAUUACACUUACAAAAUUAUAAAACAACAGCCAAACCUCACGCACACACAUACACACACACACACGAACACUCGCCAGCCCUAAUAAAUUAUGUUCAAUUGAAACAAUUAGCGGGCGAAAUUAUGACAAACAAUUAGCAUUAACAAUUUUGCACUGUUGCACGUUUUAUGUGAUAAAUAAUUAUACCAAAUAAAAACGAAAAGCAUAAAUUAUAUAUAUGUAUUGAAAUGCACCACAAUUGCACUUACCAACAAAUUAUUAAGCGAAUAACGCGGACAACUGAAUUUGUAUUAGAGCCUGAUUAAUUAGUGAUUAUAUUUUGUGUGCAUUGUUGUUUGUAGAAAUCGCACGAAUCAGCACAAAAAGAAAAAAAAAAACAGAAAAACUCCGAGCAGUGAGGAAACCAAUCCCCCAUCCAACUGCAUCGGAUCGAGGAGCAAUCCGCCGAGUUGGUUGGGCCAGCAGAUCAGUCUUCCACGGCACCAAAAUCCCGAAUUUCAGACAUCAGUUCCCCCAUGGUUUAGCUUUGGACGCACACAGGGAGCACCGUUCCCAAUCCCAGACAUCAGGAAUGGCCAGUUUUAAAUGGAAUCAAAAGAGUAUUUUCGAGCUAUAAACAUAAGUAGUCACAAGUACCUUAAUGCAAAUCGAGAUGUUAUCUAUGUGGAGGAGAAUUCGGCGAGUUGCGAGUACCGAGGGCCACGCCCACUCCGCCACAAGGACAUACAUUCCCUAAUACAUGCACACAAUCAAGGCUUAAAAGCAAUCCGUCCUCAAUUGACACUUUUGAGCGGAAUUUCCACACAAAACACUCAAGCAGGCCGAAGAGUUCGACUCUAACGUUUACAUUAGGUCUAAACUAUCUGUACACUCGCCUCCCGAUCCCCGCCCCCGACCACGCCCCCACUCCCCCAUUCCAUGCACCCACAUGCACACACACAUGCACGCACGCUCACACACUCACACACACACACCGACAAGCAAAUGCACUUAAAUUGUAAAUGUUGUGAUUAUAUAGCACCGCCUCAAAGUAUGCACCAAAUUUUUGUAAAAUGUAUUUUUGCACUAUUUUUAAAUGCACAGCGAACAGCAGCCCAGUUGAAACUAAAUUUAAAUGUAAACGUAUUUUACCUAAAUUAGUUGAUAAACAUUGAAUAAAACAUAACUAACCGCCUGGAGAGGGGUUUUUCCUGUAACGUUCUUAUGUUAACUUAAACCAAAAGUCAAGAAAAGUCUGCGAAACAUUUUUUUCAAUCGAUAUGCAAUGUAAAUACAGAACAAAGAGGAUUGCUAUAGCGAAGUCUAAGUAAUUUAGAGAUUCUCACUAUGUAAAUAGACCAAAACUGAACAAAAACCGAAGCUAACAGGACGAACAAGACAUCACAGAAGCAGAAACGAACCGAAACGUACCGAACAGGACAAGGAUGUAGAAUGAUGUAGGACGAUGUAGGACGAUGUAGGAUGAGGCGACACAAAGAAGGACGUUUUUAACUUUAAUUAGAAAGUGUUUUAUGUAUUAUGUACGUACGAGUAUGAGUAUGGUAGCCCACACAGGAAGUCCUACUAAUAAUUUCUAAGCCAUUUAACUUGUAAAUUAUUAUGGUUAUAAAUGUAUAAUGUAAAUGAAAGCGAGUCGGAUGUGGAAUAUACAUACAUAUAUAGAUGCGGGAGAAUGACAACUGCGAAACUCCAGGCAAGAACUACCAGCUAUAUACAUACAUAGAUGUGUACAUGUACAUCUGUGUGUUUAUGGUUAUAAAUGAUACCUACUUCAGUUUGCCUACGAUUCUAUAAAUACACACAUACACAUACAUAUAGAGGUACAUAGCAGCAGAUAUAUAUAUAUAUAUGUAUCUCCAGCUGGUGAACCAAAAACUGGAUUCGAGUUCAAGCAAAAAACGCCCUAAAACAAAUAGAAACCGAACGAAACAAAAAAAAAACGAUACCAUUAUUAUUAUUGAAAUUUAAUUAUAUGCGUUUGCGGCAUAAGGAACAAAUGUAUUACCAACAAAAUCUCUAUAUAUACACAACAAACUAAUUUAUGAGAUUAUAUAUAUACAUAUGACAGCAACAGAAGUAUAUGUAAAAAUUAAAUAAAAACGAAGCC